AUGUCCCUGCCAAGCCAGUCACUGAAAGACCUUCUCCAGGAGGCCUCUAACAGAUCCCUGAAUGCUACAGAAACCCCAGAGACUUGGGGUCCAGGGACACUCCGGGCCCUCAAGAUCUCUCUUGCUCUGCUCCUUUCCAUCAUCACACUGGCCACCGUCCUUUCCAACGCCUUUGUGCUUACCACCAUCUUCCUCACCAGGAAGCUCCACACCCCAGCUAACUAUCUCAUCGGCUCCUUGGCCAUGACGGACCUCUUAGUCUCCAUCUUGGUCAUGCCCGUCAGCAUCGCCUAUACCAUCACCCACACCUGGAGCUUUGGCCAGAUCCUGUGUGACAUCUGGCUGUCUUCUGAUAUCACGUGCUGCACGGCCUCCAUCCUGCAUCUCUGUGCCAUUGCCCUGGACAGGUACUGGGCCAUCACUGACGCCCUGCAGUAUAGUAAACGCCGGACAGCGGGCCGCGCGGCCGCCAUGAUUGCCACCGUCUGGGUCAUCUCCAUCUGUAUCUCCAUCCCGCCACUCUUCUGGCGGCAGGCCAAAACUCACGAGGAGAUGUCAGACUGCCUGGUGAACACGUCUCAGCUCUCCUACACCAUCUACUCCACGUGUGGGGCCUUCUACAUCCCUUCUGUGUUGCUCAUCAUCCUCUAUGGCCGCAUCUACGUGGCCGCCCGGAACCGCAUCCUGAAUCCGCCUUCGCUCUAUGGGAAGCGCUUCACCACGGCCCAUCUCAUCACGGGCUCUGCGGGGUCCUCGCUCUGCUCCCUCAGCUCCAGCCUCCAUGAGGGGCAUUCCCAUGCGGCUGGCUCCCCUCUCUUUUUCAACCACGUGAAAAUCAAGCUGGCUGAUAGUGUCCUGGAGCGGAAGAGGAUUAACGCCGCUCGAGAGAGGAAAGCCACCAAAACCCUGGGGAUCAUUCUGGGGGCCUUUAUCAUCUGCUGGCUGCCCUUCUUUGUUGCAUCUCUGGUCCUUCCCAUCUGCCGGGACUCCUGCUGGCUCCACCCAGCGCUCUUUGACUUCUUCACCUGGCUAGGCUAUUUAAACUCCCUCAUCAAUCCAAUAAUAUAUACUGCGUUUAACAAAGAGUUUCGGCAAGCAUUUCAGAAAGUGGUCCAUUUCCGGAAAGCCUCCUAG